AUGACUGAAGCUAAAGAAAGUGUAGCAGAUGAUACAGUAGAAGAUAAUUCGACGACAAAUGCACUUAAUGCAAUUAUGAAGAAGCUUGAACGUAUAGAAAAUAUGUGUCUGGAAAACAGAGCCGAAAUUGCUACAGUAAAAAAUUGCCAUGUUGAUGAUGAAAAAGAGAACAGUGUUGUGUGUAACAGUGCUAAAAUGGAAAUUAUAGAACAAGAAUCUAGUGUAGAAAUUGCAGAGAGAAGCCAAAAGAAAAUAAUAUAUGACUUGCCACAUUUUGAUGGCCAACCGCAGGAAUGGCCACUUUUUUACGCCAAUUACAAUGACACGACAAAGAUGUUUAAUUAUAGCAACAGAGAAAAUCUGAUGCGGCUGCAAAAAUGUCUUGCACGUGAAGCUGUUGUGUCAAUGCUAAUAUAUCCAGCCGAUGUGCCUAAUGCUAUUGAAGAGCUUGAGUUUCGAUUUGGAAGACCAGAUUUAAUUGUCAAAGAUCAAUUGGCAAAACUGCAAGAGUUACCGUCGUUUGGAGAGUCUAAAUUAGAGCAAAUUGUACCAUUUUCGACAAAAAUUCGAAACACAGUGUCAGUAUUAAAAGCUGCCAAUUGUAGCCAUUAUUUGUGUGAUAUAACUAUUAUGGAAGCAUUGGUUCGUAAGAUACCGCCGAGCAAGCAAUAUGAGUGGGUUCUACAUUCAAAAUCUCUGAAAUCACAUCCAACUAUUGAGAACUUUUCCGAUUGGCUUGGUUCUAUCUCGAGGGUCGUAUGCCUGCUUCCCACUGUUUCACCCAAAUCAUCACAGAGUAAAGCAAGUAUGGUAAUGCACGUCAAUGAAAAUAAUACACCGCCUUUGAAAACAGGGUGCCCAAAUUGUAAAGGCCAGCAUAAUUUAUUCCAAUGUCAGAGCUACCAAACAAGUAGCGUGGCCGAACGAUGGAACAAAGUAAAAAAUUUGAAGGUAUGCUUUUCAUGUCUAAAUAACGGUCACAUAACAAUGAAUUGUCGGUCAAAAAAGUAUUGUGGUAUCAAUGGAUGUAAACGUCAGCAUCACUUUAGCCUACAUGAAGAGAAGAAGCCUAUAGCAUCGCCUGCUGAGAUAGCACUAAAUAGUACAGUGCUCAGUUGCCAAACUUCAUCGCCUGCUCACUUAUUUAAAAUUUUGCCGGUAACGUUGUGUGGACCAAAAGGUCAUUAUACCACAUACGCCAUACUUGAUGAGGGUUCGUCUAUAUCCAUAGUGGAAGAACGAGUAGCCGUCGCUUUGGGUCUUAAAGGGCAGCUACAGCCACUUACAUUACAAUGGUUUGGUGAAAAGGUCGCCACAGAAAACUGCCGUAAAGUCGACCUGGAUAUAGUUGGUUCUGAUCGUUCGAAAGUUUUUACUUUGAAAAAUGUCAACACUAUUCGUAAUUUGGGUUUACCGGUACAAACUUUCGUAAAGGCUAAAUAUCCACAUUUAAGAGAUAUUCCGAUUGCUGAAUACCAAUGUGUGAAGCCUACAGUUUUAAUUGGUGUUGACAAUGCAUACCUUGGAGUGCCGUCAGAGGUAAUGCAAUGCAACAAUCCUAUCGCCAUCAAAACAAAAUUAGGUUGGGUUGCAUAUGGUCCAAGAGAAGACAACGCCAAUAUUAGUCCAAUUGUGCUGCACAUACGAAAUGAGGGCAUUGAUGAGGAUUUAGGCCACCUAAUAGAGGAAUAUUUUGAAACAGAGAACUUCGGGAUGAAUAAUACUCAACAAUUACUCGAGUCAGAGGACAACAGAAGAGCCAGGUCUAUCCUAGAAGCCACCACGCGUAAAAUUGACAGUUGCUAUGAGACAGGUCUAUUGUGGAAGACAUCAGCGCCAAGCCUACCUGACAGUUUGGAGAUGGCGAGCAGGCGUUUCAAAAGUAUUGAGAAGAAGAUGAAUGGCUGCUCACAGUUUGCCCAGCAAUAUCGAACGGAAAUGAAUAACUACUUUGCCAAGGGUUAUGCCAGAAUAUUAACGAACGAUGAGGUGCGAAAUUGUAGAUUUCCUGUAUGGUACUUACCACAUUUUGCUGUAAAGAACGUGCACAAGCCAGAAAAGUGUCGUAUAGUUUUUGAUGCUGCUGCCAUAGCGAAUGGAAUUUCACUCAACUCACAAUUACUGAAAGGUCCGGAAAGAGCAAAGCCACUACUUGAUAUUCUGUUUAAGUUUCGACAAGGUGAAAUAGGAGUAGCUGCAGAUAUAAAGGAGAUGUUCUCCCAAGUGAAAAUACGCGUAGAAGACCAACAUGCCCAACGAUUCCUAUGGCGAAUCAAAGCCGAAGUUCAUCAGUGUGUUAUGACGUCUAUGAUUUUUGGUGCUAUAUGUUCCCCAUGUUGUGCGGAGUAUAUCAAAAACAAGAACGCAGAAAAUUUCCAUGAAGAGUAUCCUGAAGCAGUCGAUAUAAUUAUUAACCAACAUUAUGUAGAUGAUUUAGUUUGUGGGUUUUCAUCUGCAGAUGACGCUAUUAAAAUAUGUCAACAAGUUGUUAACAUACAUCGCCAAGCUGGUUUUGAGCUCAGAAAUUUCGUGUCCAAUUCAAAGUACGUUGAGCAGACUAUGAAUUCGAAUUUUAAUGAAAUAACAAGCCAUAUUGUGAGAAUGGAACCUUCAUCGUCAAUAGAAAAAAUCCUAGGAAUGCAGUGGAAUACGCAGCAAGAUGUAUUCGAGUAUCAUACCAAAUUCCAUCGUGUACCAAAUGAUGUUUUAAAAGGAAUACGUCCACCGACAAAGAGAGAACUUUUAUCUAUUACUAUGGCCGUGUUUGAUCCUUAUGGGUUUAUUGCCGACUUCCUCUUACAGCCGAAACUUCUUAUGCAACAAGUAUGGAAGUGUCAAGUAGCAUGGGACGAGCUUAUACCGGACCCAAUUGUUGAACUUUGGCAAGCCUGGUGGUCAGAAUUUGAAAAGCUAAAACAGCUUAAAAUCGACAGAUGUUAUUCAAGAUAUAUCGCCAUUGCUUCAAGGAUUGAAUUGCAUGUUAUGGUUGAUGCGAGCGAAACGGCGUUUGCUGCCGCUGCCUAUUUCCGAAUAAUCAACCGUGAAGAGAUUAAAAUAAGCUUCAUAUUAGGAAAAACAAGAACUGCGCCGAAACGUCUUAUGUCAAUCCCGCGACUUGAACUACAGGCCGCUGUGCUUGGUUUACGCAUCAGCAAAACAAUUUUAAAAGGGCACAGUAUUCACGUCACCAAAGUCACCUACUGGACCGAUAGCCGUACUGUAUUGCAUUGGAUACAUGCUUCGGAAAGAAAAUAUAAACCGUUCGUAGGACAUCGCAUUGCUGAAAUAAUUGGCUAUAGCCAACCAGAGCAGUGGCGCUGGGUGCCCACUAACGAAAACACUGCCGACGCAGCGACUAGAUUGUGGACCAAAUUUAAACCAAAUGGCCGAUGGUUGUGUGGUCCUGAAUUUUUGAAAAAACAUGAAUCCGAAUGGCCUUGCUAUAGCAUAAAGCUGCCAAAUCCAAUAGAAGAAGAAAUCUGUUCAUUAUUUUUAACACGCACACGUGAUUGUGUCAUAAAUUUUAAUAAAUUUUCGUCUUAUUCAAAGUUGAAACGACAUAUGGCGUGGGUAUUAAGAGCCAUCAAGAAGUUAGCGCAACAUUGGUUGCUGACACUGAAAUUGAAGAAGCCUUCACUGAUAAGUGAAAAUUGUGCCCCGAAAUUGAGCCGCUUUCGCCAAGUCAUGCCGAAAGAGAAGCUGCCAUUCUUAUCAUUGACUGUAGAUGAAUUGCGUAAAGCCGAAUUAAAGAUAAUCCAAAUUGUUCAAAAAGAGAAUUUCGCGAACGAAAUCGACCAGUUACAUAAAGGUAAGCACAUUCAAAAGAGUAGCUCGAUUUACAAAUUGCAGCCAUAUCUGGACGAGCAUGAACUAUUACGUUUACAUGGACGUCUUGAUGAAGCCACGUGCCUGCCACUGGAUGCCCGACGUCCGAUCUUGACGCCACAACCGUACGACAAAAAAAUGUGUUUAAACAAACAGUGGCGAAUCGCACAAAACUUGAAAAAUCGCAUGUGGAAACAAUGGGUUAUACAAUAUCUACCACAGCUUUGGCAUCGCCCGAAAUGGUACUCCAAAGCACAUGUACUACAAGUUGAUGACCUAGUAAUAGUUAGUGAUCCAGCCCUGCCGCGAAGCCAAUGGCAGAAAGGACGCAUAACUCAAGUGUUCCCAGCCAAGGAUGGUCAAGUCCGUAUAGCAGAAGUAAAAACUGCAGCAGGUCUAGUUCGUCGACCAGCCACCGAUUGCCGUCGUAAACUUUGUAAAAUCGACUUGGAUUUACGAGGGGGGAUGUUGAGAAUUCGCCUACAUUAA